UUAGAGUACUUGCUCUUAGGCGUAAUAGCUUUCACGGCCAAAUUCCUUCUCAAUUGGGGAAUCUUUUUCGCCUUAGAGUACUUAGAUUGUCUGUAAAUAAAUUCGAAGGCUCCAUUCCCUCCACUCUGGCUAACUGUUAUUCUUUGCAAUGUCUCAUUCUAUCCUUUAACCUUUUGAGUGGAACUAUACCUUCCCAGAUUGGCCUUCUCUCGCAUUUACAGAUCCUUUAUUUAGGAGUAAACCAAUUAACAGGCAUAAUCCCACCUUCUCUAGGAAACCUGUCAUCUUUAGUUGACUUGGAGUUGGGGGAAAAUAAACUCCAUGGUGAAAUACCUGUUGAACUUGGUAUGCUUACUCAACUCAGGGUGCUUUAUCUUUACACCAACAACUUGACAGGAGUAAUUCCCACUGCUCUUUCCAACUGCACUCUUCUCCAAAAUCUGUCAUUAGCUUCUAACCAAUUAACUGGACAUAUUCCUAAUGAACUAGGUAUGCUUAAUCAACUUACAGUGCUUUACCUUGACAACAACAACUUGACAGGAGUGAUCCCUGAUUCCAUUUCCAACUGUACUCUUAUCCAAGUUUUACAAUUAAAUCGCAACCAAUUAACUGGUCGCAUUCCUUCAGAGAUAGGCAAAUUGUUCCAACUUGAAAAACUUUUUUUAUGGGGUAAUCAUCUCGUGAGCGGAAGUCGUGGCUUGUCUUUUCUAACAGCCUUGUCUAAUUGCUCCUCUUUAAAAUAUCUAGAGUUGUCUGAGAAUUAUCUUACUUGCACUUUGCCCUCUUCUAUUAGCCAUUUAUCAAGCCGACUCUUUUCUUGGGAAUUGGCAUCCAAUAAAAUUGAGGGAAACAUACCAAAUGGUAUUGGAAACCUCACAAACCUGGUAAUAUUAGAUUUAUCUGAUAAUCAUUUCAGUGGUUCCAUUCCAUUAGUACUCAGUCACCAUCCAAAUCUUCAAAAGUUGCUUUUGGAUAAAAAUUAUUUGAAUGGAAGAAUUCCAGAGAGUUUUGGUCAUGCAAAAAGACUUGGAUUAUUGUCAUUAAGUGAAAACAUGUGAAAACAUGAUUUCAGGUGAAAUUCCAAAAAGUCUUGGUGAUCUUCCACAACUAAGAGAUCUUGUUCUUCAUCACAAUCAAUUGUCAGGGAAACUACCUGCUAGUUUAGGGAGAUGCAUCACUUUGGAAAAGGUGGAUUUGGCUCACAACAAGCUAGAAGGAAAUAUACCUCUUGAAUGGGCAGCUCUUGAAAAUCUCCAAUUUUAUUUCGAUAUUUCCAACAAUUUAUUACAAGGUUCUAUUUCAGUAAUGAGUAAAAUGGUAAUGGUCCAAGCUAUAGAUGUGUCUGUCAACAACUUCUCAGGAAAUAUUCCAGAUGUGCUAUCAAGUUGCACAAACUUACAGUAUUUGAAUCUUUCAUGGAAUUCAUUUGAUGGCCUAAUACCAACAUCACUCACAAGUCUAAAAAAUCUUCAGGCUAUUGAUCUCUCAAGCAACAAUUUGUCAGGUACGAUCCCAAUGGCUUUCCAAGAAAUGAAAAUGCUUCAAUAUAUCAAUCUCUCUUCAAACAACUUAAUAGGAGAAGUUCCAAAGAGAGGAGUUUUUGCAAGAAUUGAUAAGUCAGCAGUUUCUGAAAAUAUUGGCCUCUGUGGUGACUGGAUUAAAUUACAACCAUGCUUUGAUUCCAAACACAAACAAUUCUUGUUCUCUAAAAAGGUGAUAAUACUAGUUGUGAUUAGCAUUGCAAUCUUCAUCAUGUCUUCUGCAGUGUUCCUAUUUUUUUAUAGGAGGAAUACAAAUCAAAAUAUCCCAAACCUCAACUUUGGGCCUGAAAGGAUUUCAUAUGAAGAACUUGUAGAUGCAACUAGUGGAUUUAGCCAAACCAAUCUAUUAGGAGUUGGUAGUUUUGGAUCUGUUUAUAGAGGGAUUUUAAAAAAUGGUACAAAUAUUGCUGUUAAAGUUAUCAAUUUGCAGGAUGAAAAUGCUCUCCAAAGUUUUGAAAGAGAAUGCAAUGUGCUAAAGAGAGUUAGACACCGCAAUGUGAUCAAAAUUAUUUCAACAUGUUCUAACCUUGAUUUUAGAGCAUUGGUUCUUCCAUUCAUGUCAAAUGGAAGUUUAGAGAGAUGGCUAUAUCCUCAUGGAAGAGAUGAAUGCAGAUUAAAUUUGGCUGACCGAUUAAGAAUAGCAAAGGAGAUAGCACAAGGAAUGGAAUAUCUACAUCAUUAUUGCUUUGUUCAAGUCAUUCAUUGUGACCUAAAACCCAAUAAUGUGUUAUUAGGGAAUGAUAUGACUCCACAUAUAGCAGACUUUGGCAUUACAAAACUCUUAUUUGAGAAUUCAAUGAAUUCAUUGACUUCUACAACUGCACUAAACGGAUCUAUUGGCUACUUUGCACCAGAGUAUGGACUUGGUGGGAGUGUUUCAACAAAAGGAGAUGUCUAUAGCUAUGGAAUUCUACUUUUAGAAUUGUUGACAAGGAGGAGACCAACAGAUACCAUGUUUGUAUAAGGUAUUAAUCUACCAAAAUGGGCAAGUAUAGAUUUUCCAAAUAAAAUUGAAGAAGUGGUGGACAACCAACUGCUUAGAGAUGUUAAUGAGUCAAAUAAAGCAAUGGUGUUAACAUGCCUUAGUCAAUUUAUGCAAGUAGGAUUGGUUUGCACAAGGGAGCUGCCGCAACAACGUCCGAAUAUGAUGGAGAUAGUUGAAAGAUUAGAAAAAAUAACAAGUGCAUUUCUCGAUACUCCAAGAGAUUUUCAUUUGCCAAUAAAUAUCUUACCUUUGCUUGAGAGUACAAAUGAACCAAGAAAUUGUAAUUCAAGGAGCCCUGAAAAUUGGUCUACAUCUACAUCUUAGCUCUUCACUCAACUAAUAGCAAGUGUUAAGUAUUCCUGUCU